GAACAGUCCUUGUAUUAUAUGUUUACCUUCUACAACUGAUAAGGUGAAUUUUUAUAAACAGUGACCAACGUUUGACAAUACCAAUAUGGAUAUGGGACAUUAUAUCAAAGAUGUUUGGCUGUUGAGCUUCCUUUUCGCUGUAUUGCAUGCUAAUGAAAAGCCGGCGGACGGCGACCAAGACUCAGGGUACCGCCGUUUUGUUUUGGACGGACAACCACCCCGAGACUGUGUGGAUGUUCUGCGGUACCUCGGUCAAGAAGAGGGUGGGAUAUACAACGUGACACUAUGGAAGUCCAAGCAGAGGAUACAAGUACUGUGUGACAUGGAGACGGAUGGAGGCGGCUGGACGGUAUUCCAGCAGAGAUUUGAUGGUACUCUCGACUUUGCUGAAACAUUUUCAGUCUACGAAUCUGGAUUUGGGGAUCUAAAUUCAGAAUUUUGGCUCGGUUUGAAGUACAUCCAGGAAAUGGCGGCUAUUGGUGAGACAGACCUGAGACUGGACAUGAAAGCAUUAGAUGGAACUGACCUGUAUGAACUAUUCCACAACUUCAGUCUUUCGCAGGCUCCAGACUAUAGGCUGCACAUACAGCCAGGCAGCGGAACAAUAGGUGACGACUCCAAACACGGUCUUUCAUACCACACUGGUUCAGCUUUUAGUACACUCGACCACGACGUAUCGCCAGGACACUGCCCACAUUAUCAAAAGGGAGGUUGGUGGUAUAAAUCCUGCGGAUACAUCAACUUCAACGCUCACCAUGACAUGAAAAUGUUCUACACUACAUCACAUGGCUACGAGUCCCUUAAGGAAACUAGAAUGAUGCUUAGAAGAACCUCAGUAUAAAAUCUCUGCAGUCGAAUGAACGUUUGCACAAUAAAAUGUGUACAACUGGAAAAUGUUUUGACAUAUAAUAUGAAGUUUUUGUCAAUA